AUGGCCCACUCCAUCCUUCCUCACACCCACGAGAACGGCUUCCGCCAACCAGCCAAAGAUCCUCACUGGGUGCUCCCAGAGGACUCGUGGGACGAAACUGGCGAUGACGCGGGACCGCAGUACGAGGUCCCGCCCUCGGUCGAGAUCGUCACAUCAACCCGCCACAAUGACCUGGGGUUCAAUGUCCUGCGCGUAUGGCCGACACUGCAUGAUGGCACCGCGUCGCCACACGGGUGUCCUGCUUGGUGGAAUCCAAGGGAUAAGGUUGAUGUUUUGAUAUGCGGCGCUGGACCCAGUGGUCUAGAAGUUGCGCUGAGCUGUCUUCGACAGGGGCUCACAUUCCGAAUUAUCGCCCUCCCAUUUACAGAAGCUUACAAGCAGCUAGACAAGAACACCGCCCCCUUGGCAGCCGGACGCGCUGACGGGGUCCAGCCCCGGUUCCUCGAGACCCUGUCAACAUGGGGCCUUGCCACAGAAGUGCACGAAGAAGGCCCCCUGAUUGAACGCACUGCCAUUUAUCACAAUGGUCGACUUCUCCACCACGGCCGCUCUCAUCAGUCUGAUUCACGUUACCGAGGUUUGCAUAUUAUCACGCAGGGCCAGAUUGAGCGGAUCUUCGUGCGCGAUCUCCUGCGGCAUAGGGUGGUUGUGGAGCGCGCCACGACGCUGAAGGAGUAUAGCAUCGACUCGGCACUCACAGCGUCCAAGGACCACUCUGCCUACCCUGUUCAGUGCGUGAUACAGGACGGAGAUGGGAAAGAGACAGCAGUGCAAGCGAAAUUCCUGGUUGGGAGCGAUGGAGCGUCGAGUGCGAUUCGGCGCAAGCUACAGAUUCCGUUCGAUGGCAUCAGUACAGAUAUCUACUGGGGAAUUAUGGACUGUAUCUUUGAGACGGACUAUCCGCAUGCGUGGAUCUUUGGAUCAGUCACCGGUCCACUGGCGGCCUCCCGACAAGCAAGGGACCCCUCCUUCGCUGAGUCUGGCGGCCAGGUGGACAUCCACUCGGUCACUCCCGAGGAAGUCCUGGAACAAGCAAAUCGCAUCUUUGCCCCGUAUAAGCUGUCCUUUGCAGCGCCCCUCAGUUGGUUUGCUGUGUGGAAGAUCAGCGAACGAGUCGCUCGUUCUUUUUCCUCCGAUGACCAACGCGUCCAUUUAGUCGGAGAUGCAGCACACGUCCACAGUGUCAUGGGCGCCUUCGGCCUCAACGCCUCUAUCCUCGACGCCGCCAACCUUGGCUGGAAAAUUGGCCUCUGCGCAAAAGGAAAGGCCGACCCAAGCACGAUCCUCCCGACCUACGAUCGCGAGCGCCGCCUCCAUGCCGCCAAUAUUAUCGAAAUCUCCGGCAAAUACCUACGCUUCGUCUGCAGUUCGCAGGUCCCAACGGCCCGCCUGCACUACCUCGGUGCAGACCUGGGACUCGAAGAACGCGAGACGUACAAAACGAAUGGGCAGAACGGGGUGCAUGAUGCCGUGCAAAGUGCGCCUCCGUCGUCCACUGAGGCAGUCUCAAUCACGGUGGAGUCCGAUUCAAAGGACAAGCAGAAUGUCACUGCGGCCUUAACGCGCGACGAGGCGAAGGCCUUCCUGCAUGACUUUUUCACGCAGCAUGGACAGUUUCUCCUGGGGGUGGAUGCAGAGUAUGGUACGAGCUGCUUGAAUCCAUCCAUAAAACGCAUCAACGGCGUUAAUGGGGCACAGCGGGCCCCGCCGGUCAAGGUGAAGAAUGGGGUACGGGCUCCGAAUCCCCGUGUGUGCUUCGAUGAAAGUCACACGGGCUAUCUGUAUGACAAACUUCCUGGGGACGGCCGGUUCCAUCUGGUCAUAUUCGGAUCGAACCUUCUCGGCCCAGUCCGGCAGCGACUGAGGAUAUUUUCGGAGGCGAUAUCGUCGAAGGAAUCUACAGGUGGGUUUUACGCGCGGUUUGGCGGGGCAGAGAUGUUUAACAUCGUCCUUGUGGCCAAGGGCACCCCGUUUGAGAUUGAGGAGAAUUUAUCGGUUCGAGAGGAUCUGGCCGCUCUGCGGGAUACGGCCACUGUGUUGGCGGAUGACCGCGCCCCCGACGAGGAUGCACAUAGUACCUGGGGCGUCAACCAUCGCACUGGAGCCGUUGUGGUGAUUCGACCGGAUCUGUGGGUUGGAAUCAGUGCGGUACCCGAUGACACUGAGAAAGUGGGGUCCUACUUCUCGACAUUUCUCCUAGCCUAA